AUGUCAUAUGGUUCGUGGUUUUUAGACGAGACUCCAUUACCAAAACUAGGCUUUCUCGGCCAAGGCAACAAUGGCUAUGUCACCCUGGUUCGAAACAACGAUGGACUACUCAUGGCUAAGAAAACAUCUUUCCUCAAAUACUCAGAGGAUCUCGAGAAAGAAGUAAGGAUCAUGGAUCGCUUCUUUUCAAUCAAUUUCAACACCGUGAGAGCCACGAGCCCUGCAGUUUCCUACGAAACCAUGCCAUUCAACGUGAAAGUCUGUUCCAUUCACAUGGAAGUCGCACCACAUGGUUCACUCAAAGACAUGCUAACCAAAGCCGGUGGGACAUUACCGGAGAACGUCAUCGGUUAUUGCAUUUUCCAGGUUCUUGAAGGGCUCAGGGAUCUUCACCAACACGGUUAUGUCCAUUGUGAUCUCAAGCCAGAGAACAUACUCAUCUUCCCGAGCUAUGCUCAUGAAGAUCUUUGCGAGCUCAAACUUGGUGACUUCGGUUCGGCUAAGGAACCCAAUGGACCUGAUCCAGUGAAUGGGUCUUUGUUCGAGGACAAUCCGGAGUAUUUGGCUCCUGAGGCAGUCGGGCCACGUGGAGUGAUCUCAUCGGCGGUUGAUAUCUGGUCCUUAGGUACCAUGGUGAUGGAAAUGAUGGGGGUUACUAUAAGAGGAAGGAGUGAUUACGUGCCGAGGACUCUAUCGCAGAUGACUUGGGACUUUGUGAGGAGAUGUAGAGAGCGCAAUCCGGAGGCUAGAGCCACCGCGGAGGAGCUCAUGAGUCAUUCUUUUGUUAACCAAAGUCUUGAGGUUCCACCGCUUGAGCUGCUUCCAGUUCCUUCUUGCUUAAGUAAUGGGGUGGUUCAAGGAAGGCUUUUCUAGAGGAUGUAUGCUGGAAUGUGAUGAAGAGUGCUGUAAGAUCGAUGGUGGAGAUGAGCUGGAAAGGAAUGGCUUUGAUUUUCGUUAGUGUCAAGUUAUUGUUGUUUAAAAGAAUAAAUUAUUGUCGUUUAAUUUGCAUUUCAUUUUGUUUCUUGUGAUUAAAAAAAAAAAGCAUUUUGUUUCUUAUUAAUAUAAAGGUAAACUAUGUUCUUAUAGCAUUGUGAUCCGUGUUUUGAAUCAAUAUAUUGUUGUGUUCUUAUAACAAACGUCCAAGACAUGGACAUUUUAUUACAAUAUAGCGGAACACUUUCUAAACCGUUGGUAAUCAUCACACCUUCCAGGUUUCAACAUAUCUCAUCAGAUGAUGAAAAUUGUUUUAUACAUAAAGGAUUAUAAAUAGCGAGUUGAGAUGAAAAGAACUGUGUUAGGAAAAAUUAUACUACUCAAAUAAAAUUGCGGUAGGUUUGUAAAUCUAUAUUAUAAUAUAUCAGUUUUUGCUCACUCCUCAGCGCGCCACGUCAUCGUUUUGUGGACCACACUUUUAAAAAGUGUGAAAAAGUGUCAAGCCUAUGGCUCGAACCCGGGUUAUUGAGAUAUAAACACCAACAUUUAUACCACUCAGCUAACUGAUACCUUUGUACAUUGAUGGCCGAACCUAAUAUAUAUUUAUAAAGGUCGGAAGCUCUUGCCCCUCGGCUUCCUUUGAGGGUCUUGAAUCUUUGUGACACGUCAGCAACUCCUUUAUGUUUGUGGGUCCCACAUUUACAUAAAGUCUCUCCGAUAUUUUAGAUUUCCUGAGAUAUGGUUGAGACGAGACGUAGCUCUUCGCUUC